AUGUUCCCAAUCACUUACAAUGCUUUUGGCGAUAUUGUCAGCAUGAUUGGUAUCAUAUACUCUAUCGCUCAGGCCUUGAACGACAGCCGUGGAUCCCCGAGUGAAUAUCGCUCCUUCGUGUUCGAACUCCGCGCGUUUGCGAGUGUACUGGAGGAGAUCGCGGCUUUGCACAUAUCUUCGCCCGAGGCUGCCUCUAUCCCGCUUCUGGAUGGCGUCAAUGCUUGUUGCGAAGUUCUGGAAGAAGCUCGUUCGAGAGUCGACCGCUAUCACUCUCUCGACGAGCUUCGAUCCAGCGUCAGCCUGCAGAAUACUAUCCUGAAGCUGCGCUGGCGGUUGCUCAAGCGUGACGAGGCUGAGCAGCUUCGUAAGAAGCUUCAUUCACGGCUAGAGCUACUACUGGCUUUGGUUGAUAGACACGAAUUCUCGAGCGUGCAGUCUCACCUACGUUCAAUCAACGUGCAAUCGGAGCAGAUUCAUGCUGCUGUGACCGCCGUGAAGCAUACUUCGCGACAGCUUCUCGCUAGGUCCAGUACUGUACAAGCUUCGAUGGAUGAUCUAGGCACUAUGUCCUCGCUGAUUCUUCGAGAUACGUCUACCAUGCGCAUGGAGAAUGCUAGCCUGCGCGACGAACUAGUCGCACUGAGGACAGCAUUCCACGAGACGCUUGGUCACUUUGCUUACUUUGCGCGCGGCUCACGAUCCUUAUCCACAUUGAUUACUCCGGAUGAUAGAACGGCUGCCCUUGUGGUGGCCAUCAUACUGUCAGGCACCUUCGCCUUCCAGAAUGACGUCCGUUUCACCAUACUAUAUGCUACUAUGGUAGCCUUCCUUCGCAGUAUCUUUAAGACGCGCCUUCUUCUCCCGCCUGCUGUCGACCAUCCGUCUGAGAAUAACGUGCUCUUGAUCGACAUCCUCGGUUCUCGUAUCUCACUCCCCAUAGAACUGUGCUCAACGCCCAAUGACCUACACGAAACGCUAGUCCGUCUCUUUCAGGGGAAAAGGGGACUAGCAUUUGUUGUCAUUCACGCAUACGAGAUCAUGAAAGUCGGCGGGAGCGUGGCCAUCGACUGGGAUAACUGGAGUACAGACGUCCAACCUGGUCGCGAACUUGAGAUGGGCGUUGUCAUACGUCGGCGAAUGCCCGCAAAGUCGAUCAACGAUAGCCCCCGUUUUAUGGAUACCACAUGUCCACGGUGUGGGGCCACACGGAGACGGGACGCGUUACAAUAUGAAGCCAGAGCGUGGACGGAGUGUGAUGCGUGUCGAGGCCAAUUCCGGUUCUCCCCCGAAUCUCCGUAUGAGGAGGAGCGAGAUCCAGCUCUGCCUCCUCUUUACGAGCCGGACGACGGAGAUUCGCAAGGUAGCGAUAUCGCGUUCCUGCGUAAGAUUAGCGUCACAUGGAGCCAAGUGCUGGAAAAGCAAAACUUCUUCGACUCGUACCGCCGAUCACAACCGCCAUCCAAGCCAAUAGAGGGUGCUCAAAUCGGCGGCCCAUCAUCCAAUGUUCAUCUAGGCAUGAACUCGAAAACUGGGGAACUCCUUGCUAUCAAACGGGUCAAGUCGUCGGUAGACUCUGCGGCAUGGUCUAUCAUCAACAACGAUGCCGACAUCCUUCGCGAUCUCGAUCAUCCCAACGUUGUUCAAUACCUCGGCUCCGAGCUGGCGUCAGCAUCCUUCAGUUUUUACAUGGAGUACGUACCCGGAGGAUCCCUGGCUUCUCUCAUUCGCACAUACGGGUCUUUCGAGGAACCUCUUGCGAGCAAUUGUGCUUCGCAGAUAGCUUGCGGAUUGGAAUAUAUACACUCUCGGUCGAUCAUCCACAGAAGCCUCAACGCGAAGCACAUACUACUCGGCAACGAUGGAACCUGCAAGAUAGCAAACUUCGGCGCGGCCGUAUUCCACCAAGAAGAUGAGGCACAUAAGCCACCCGCCUUAUGGGACCCGUACCGGACAGCACCCGAGGCCAUGUACCUAGGGCCUCGUUUAUACGAUUGCAAGAUCGACAUCUGGAGCUUUGGAUGUGUACUGCUGGAGAUGUGGACGGGUGAGCGGCCGUGGUCGGGCGAGCCAUCUAGAACGGUGGCCUCCAAGCUUCACACGGGGAGGCAGGGCCCCCCAAUACCCGCCAUCGUCGAUCACAGGCGCCACGCAUUGGGUCUUGUCAAGCGGUGCCUCGCGAUAACACCAAUUUUGCGCCCGUCCGCCACAGAUCUGAGAGGACAUCCGUACAUUGUGGGGCAGAAGUAG